AUGAACGAUACACAACUCGAUUGGAUCUUUGACACUCCUGAUAGUGUUCCAACUUAUUUUACGCAACUUCAAAAAAUACAAUUAAGGAUUCUCUUACAGAAUGAGCAUUACAAACAAUAUUUACCGAUAUUUAAAAAAACCAUAUCUUCGUUAGUAUUGGAUUACCAAAAUGCCACACUAUUUUCUAAAAUUGACCAUGAAAUUUUAGCUGAAUUUAUUGUUAAUGAUUCGUCAACGGUACUUAGUACCUUAACUAUUGAUGGUGUAUGUUUAUCAAUUGAUAGUGAAUACUUUCAAAUAUGUCAAACAUUGAAGCGUUUAACAUUAUCUGUUGAAUAUCAACAUCAUUUGUUUAUUUUAUUAGAAUAUCUACCCCAAUUGGAAUACUUGAGUAUCGGCAUCAGAGAAGGUAAAGCAGGUAAAUACGAUUACAAUUAUUCAAAAACAAAAACUCUUUCACUAAAAUUACGACAACUUAUUAUAUCUGCAAAUGAUAUUGAUUUCUAUGAUUUGAACCUUCUACUUCGACAAUGUCAAUCAACGUUAGAAAUAUUAAAAUUGCGAUUUAAAAUUGAUUAUAUAAUUGAUGGACGAAUGUUAGAACCAUGGAAAAGAUCAUUAAAACAAUUUUAUUUUUAUUUUUUUUGUCAUUCACUUGAUGAAUCGUCGGUCGAUGCGAACGAUUUAUUAUCAUCAUUUCAAACACCUAUCUGGUUACACGAUCAAACUGUAAUGUUUUUUACAAAUUCAUUUUAUCAAACCUAUACAAUCGUUUCACCACCAUAUGAUUGUCGAAAUUUUAACUGUUCAUUAACAAAUGAAUUUUUAAAUUAUCGAUUAAAUAAUCGACAAGCAGAAUUCAAAAUGCCACGCAUAAAACGAGUAUUUCUAAAUGAUAAACAGGAACCUGUGUACACAGAUCGAUUCUUUCAAGUAUUGAAAUCUAUCUUUAUCAAUCUUCAGAUAUUAGAAAUUGGCUCUAGUUUUCAUCUCAUUGAUAAUGGUGAUAACACUAAUUCUUGGAAAAAAGAUGCAAAACUAUCUACUGUUCACACUUUGAUCAUAGUAAAUAACCAAGAUCAUCUUAAUGUUAAACGUUUAUUUAAAUUAUUGCCGAAUCUAUAUCGUCUUGUUAUUGAUUAUGAUCUAUUAGUCGCUAGUAUAUAUGAUUUGUAUUCGAUGGAAAGACAAGAACAGUAUCAAUAUAAUCAAUUGCAGGAAAUAUUAAUUCAUUUUCAACCAAAUCAACAUAUCGAAUUGGAUGAUGAUUUCAAAAAUAGAGUUAAACUUGUAUAUGGCAAAGCUAAAAUAUUGUCAUAA